UUAUUAUUUUACCCAUCUACAAAAUGUUCAGUACUUAUUUAUCGAUUGCACUGAAAACACGAACACUGUCCCAAAAGCUCAUUUUUUAAUGCUUUGAAAUUUGUUGCAGAUUUGGAAGAAGACACAUUUUUGGAUGUGAAAAUCUUUGUCUAUGGCAACUUUGCCUAUGGUUAGUCCUUGCGGUCACAUGAUCUAAACACAGUGGCCACCACGGCAAGGGAAAGUAUGUAGAAUGAUCUGCUCAUUCAAAACCUACGAAGCAAUUUCACUCUUCAUCUUGUGCGAACAGUCACCCUGCAAAGACGUAUAAAGAAAUGUGUAAAGAAAUGAUUUGUUUUGUGUCGUAAAUACCACUGAUUGGCCGUUUCAACCCCUGUGACUGCUUAUAUAUCACUCAGUGUGUACAGUUGUAGCAGCUGUGUUUAGUAUAGAGAUAACAUGGUGGUGUGUUUGGUCUUUUAGGUUUCGUUGUAAGGCCUCGUAUUUCUGCUCCGCAUCAUUCUGUGUAAGACGAUACCUCAUGCGUACAAAGCGCCACCCUGGUCUUCCUCCACGUUUAGGAAAACUACCUAAAGGCUGUGUGAUUUUCAUUUAGGUGUACAGUCACGGAUCAGGUUUGACUGGAUUUCUAUUCAUACAAACAGUUUGAGCUCUGCGUUCAGCUUCGGCACAACUUUGGCCUGGUUUAUGAGAAGACUUUGAAUAGAUUGGGGAUGAACUGGUCAGGACUGCAGAUCCUCCUCAGCGGGGUGAACCAAUACUCUACUGCUUUUGGUCGUGUUUGGCUCUCCGUGGUGUUUGUGUUCAGGGUGUUGGUGUUUGUCGUAGCAGCGCAGCGCGUUUGGGGCGAUGACAACAAAGACUUUGUGUGCAACACAAGGCAGCCUGGCUGCACCAAUGUGUGUUACGACAGCAUCUUUCCCAUCUCUCACAUUCGCCUCUGGGCUCUGCAGCUUAUCUUCGUUACCUGCCCAUCCCUCUUGGUGGUGGCUCAUGUCAAAUUGAGAGAAGAGAAAGACAAAAAGUACAUAAAAGUGCACAAGGGUGAACAUCUGUACACCCACCCAGGGAAAAAGCGAGGUGGGCUGUGGUGGACUUACAUGCUCAGCCUUUUGUUCAAAGUGGGAUUUGAUAGUGCCUUUCUCUACAUCCUCUAUUACAUCUAUGACGGCUUUGACAUGCCACGUCUCUCCAAGUGCUCUCUGGAGCCGUGUCCGAAUAUGGUGGACUGUUUCAUCUCGCGGCCUACAGAAAAGAAAAUCUUCACGCUCUUUAUGGUGGUUACGUCUGCAUUAUGCAUCCUGAUGUGCGUGUGUGAAAUAUGCUAUCUGGUCGGAAAGAAAAUAUAUAAAGCACUAAUUAGGGGAAAGGUUCCUGGAAGGGUGCCUUGUGAGCAUGCUACAGAUGGUGCAAAUCAGAGACAGAAACAUAGAAUAGAUCCGACCCUCACCAGUGUGGAAAACCUCAGCUUGUUAAAACAAACAGAAACAUAUCCUGAAAAAAGUAAAAUUUAGUGAGGGGUUAUUACCCUCCCGAACUGUAAAUCCACUUGCUGAACAUGAAUGAACGAGUCACUGGAUGUUCAGUCAGUAUACAUGAAUAUGUAUAUUUCAUGUAAAAAAAAAAAAAAAACGAUUAUAAAUUUGUAUAACAAUGAUGCACACAUUAGGGGAAAACUGGUCAACGCUUUCCACAGAUUGUAUAAUAUUUAAGUCACGUAGAUUUGGUGACAAUAGAGCUUGAAUUUAAGCAUUUUCACUAGCCAAACAUUAUGGACAGUUUUGUAACUGAUUAUUCUGACUACAAAUGAUGUUUCUUUUACUAUAUAGUGACCCAAAUAACAAGCUUGCCAAUUACAGUGAUACGUUUCUGUAACCUCAAGCCUUGGCAAGAUUGUCAGUCUGGUUAUUUCCAAGCCACUCAUGACCUUGUGAAGUGUCUAAACAAGGGGUAUGUCUGUUAAAGUAAUGUGUGAAUUGAAUUAUGAUGUGAUUAUUCACAAGAUUCACAUGAUACAAAGACAAAGUGGUUUGUUAUUUGUGAUUGCAAUACUGCCAUUGUGCAAUACUGAAAUAACAGAAAGGAUGCAAUAUGUAUAUAACUUUUCUAAUGUUACUGAUCACCCUGGAUCCCGUCUCCAUCCAAUCUGACAGAGCAUGGGCAAUUUUGCCAGGAAGAAUGGGCAAAGAUAUUUGGAUCCAGAUGUGCAAAGCUGAUAGAGACAUAUCCCAAAAGACUUGCAGCUGUAAUUACAGCCAAAGGCAGUUACUGACAUGGGGGCGAAUACUUAUGCAACCAAAACAUUUUUGCUUUCUGUUAAUUAACCUUUAUGUCACAAUAAACAUAUUUUAGACAUAUUGUGUAAAUCAAAUGGUAAAUUAUAUAUAUAU